CAACAUAUAUUCAUCCAAAGCGUUGUGCAUCAGGUCUCCCCUACUGCUCUUUCUUUUAAUGCAAGCCUCAUCAUUCUCAACCUUCCCUUUCAGACUUCUCUUGCUCUCGCCCCCCUCCUCUUUUCUCUCCUCCUGCCUCUCCUACAACCUGCUUCCUAGCAAUCUUUUGACACCUGAAGGAAAGCUAGGGAGGCGUGACCCAUUGCAAGUGGUGGGGAAAGACAAUAAAAGGAAAGUCUGGAAAGGCAUGGGGGAUACGAUGACUCCUUACGUGUAGCUGCUGAUUAUUUUGCAUGGAUUGUUGAGGAAAAAGGAGCUGCAUUUGUGGGGGAAAAGCUUUUUUGCUCUGGUAGCACAGGGUCAAAAAUAACCAAGAAGGCAGAGCUGCACAAGCCAACCUAGAUCAUGAAUGGAAAUAUUCCGUUCCCACAGUCGCCCGAAGAGUAUAAUGAGCCACAUACCUCAAGCAUGCAGCGAUCCCCAAUCUUCUCUAAUGAGAGCCAGCAAACAGCAGAGGCAACCAAAUCCCCAGGCAGCACAACCAGCCUCUCGAAUGAUGCUGAGCCGCCUGGAGCAACGGACAGAGGAAGUGCCAGGGACAAUGCUAGUGUGAGCAAUUCUGGCAGAGACCAAGGAGCCGCCACCGACAUAGGAAAAAGGAAGACUGAGAUGCAGAAGGCAAGGGGGCAGCAAGAACAAUCAGGAAGUGCUGGGGGCAGCCUCAGCAGCCCAGUGGUGCUCACAAAUGGGUUACACAUGGAGGAGCCUGAGCCAGGCAAAGAGAGAGAUGUUGAUGGCAAGAAAGGCACAGGGAGACAAUCUCGAAUCACUGCAAGGACUGGCAGUGCUGCUCUGGAAGAGAAGCUCUUGACAAAUCAGAUAUUGUUCACUGAGGCACUUGGCAAGGCAGGUUUGCCAUCAUACCGGAACAUGGUGGAGCUGGCAGACCCUGAGGAUGAAGAAGAACAGAUUAGCUUUGCUACUGCAGAAGCCAAGCUGAGCUGCAGUGACGAUGACAGGGAAGAUUUUGCAUUUAAAGACAUCAGGGAUGGAUUCAGUUCUACCUUUGAAAAAAUUGUGGAAUCUGACCUUAUGAAGGGCACAUACUACAGCAGUCUGGACUCCUUGGAUGUGCUCUCACUGACAGAUGAGACAGACAGCUGUGUUAGCUUUGAAGCGCCGCUCACACCUCUUAUUCAGCAAAGAACUAAAGAAAGUUCUGAACUUUUAGAACAGAAACUCAUUGCUCACCGGAAAGACAUCCUGGAGCCCAUGAUAACAGAUAAGCAGGAAGAGGCAAUGGCCAAAGCUAUGGAUGGUGACUUUGGGAGUCCCCUCAAACACUCGAUCACCAGCAGCCGAUCAGAGAAUGUGCUGAGCAGGGCAUCUCUGAAAAAUAUCCCCAACGGGUACCACGCGGACAGGGUAGAAGAAGAUGCUGCAAACCUUAUGAAUUCAAUCAGUGAUGCCAACAUAAAAGAUACUCUUUCUGACUCAGACUCCGAUAUAGGCAGCACAGAACAGCUAGACCAAGGAAGCACAGAUACCCUGGUCAACGGCUGCAAGGCAGAUACCGAGGCUGCCAAGAGACUGGCCAAAAGGCUCUACAACCUGGAAGGAUUCAAGCACUGUGAUGUGGCUCGCCAGCUUGGGAAGAACAAUGAAUUUAGCAAACUGGUAGCAGAAGAAUAUCUCCGUUUUUUCGACUUCACUGGGCUGACCUUAGAUAAAGCACUCAGAACAUUUUUAAAAGCUUUCCCCUUGAUGGGAGAAACACAGGAACGGGAACGUGUUCUCAUCCACUUCUCAAGAAGAUACUGUCACUGCAAUCCAGAAGAGAGCACAUCUGAAGAUGGAAUUCAUACACUCACCUGUGCUCUUAUGCUGCUCAACACUGAUCUACAUGGUCAUAAUAUUGGGAAAAAGAUGUCCUGCCAACAGUUUACAGCAAAUCUGGAUGGACUGAAUGAUGGAAAAGAUUUUUCAAAAGAUCUGCUAAAGGCCCUGUAUAACUCAAUUAAAAAUGAAAAGCUAGAAUGGGCUAUUGAUGAAGAUGAACUGAGAAAGUCAUUGUCAGAACUGGUGGAUGAUAAAGUUGGUGCCAGUGCCAAGAAAAUGACAAGAAUAGUGGAUGGCAGUAAUCCUUUCCUGGAUGUUCCCCAGGCCCAGAAUGCUGUUACCUACAAGCAUGGCAUCCUGACGCGGAAGACACACGCUGAUAUGGACGGGAAAAGAACUCCCAGAGGACGAAGAGGGUGGAAGAAAUUUUAUGCUGUGCUUAAAGGAACCAUCCUGUAUUUGCAAAAGGAUGAAUACAAACCUGACAAAGAACUUUCUGAAGUAGAUUUAAAGAAUGCCAUUCGAAUUCACCAUGCCUUAGCCACAAAAGCCUCUGAUUAUAGUAAAAAAUCUAAUGUGCUGAAGCUGAAGACAGCAGACUGGCGGGUGUUCCUCUUUCAAGCUCCAAGCAAAGGAGAAAUGCUGUCCUGGAUACUGAGAAUAAACUUGGUGGCUGCCAUUUUUUCUGCCCCUGCCUUUCCAGCUGCUAUCUGCUCCAUGAAGAAAUUCUGCCGUCCUCUAUUGCCUUCUUCAACAACUAAGCUCUGUCAGGAGGAGCAGCUGCAGUCUCAUGAAAAUAAAAUGAGGCAAAUUGCGGAUGAGUUAACUGAGCAUAAACUCCAUCCCGUGGUGAAAGGCCUCAAAUCCAAAGAGGCUGAAGAAUAUCGUUUGAAAGAACAUUAUUUAAUAUUUGAGAAAAGCCGCUAUGAGACGUACAUCAACCUUCUGCAUGUGAAGAUAAAAGCUGGGACAGAUGACCUAGAAAAAAUUGAAGCCAACCUCUUCACAAUGGAAACUGAAGACAGUUCCUUGAGGAAGACUUACUCUAGUCCUUCUAUAAGCCAAGGACAGCUGCCUGCUGUAAACAGUAAAGUCGACAAGGACGUUACGGAACACAGUCCUUCCAGCAACCAGUAAACAGAGGUAGCCAGAAAGUGGUAGCUGGUCCUCCUCAACUGUGACUUAGGAGCACAAUUAUUUCUCAGAUGUACAUUAGGUACCUGAGGUAAAUACUUUAACAGAAAAUGAAAAAUGACAAAGAAGUUUUAGUUUACACUAAUUAUCUCCUCGUGCUUCAGUGUUUCAGGAUUGUAAACUGACCAGACUGGGUAUGACUACUGUAAAGGUUUCCUUACUGUGCAUGCAAUAAAAGGAGACGUUUUCCAUAGAGGAGCCAGGCCAAUCUGUACCCGCUGCUUUUCCUUGUGGAUGCCUGGAUUUUCCAUUAGGAAAAAUGGAAAUUAGGCAGCUCCUACACUACCUUGGCAAUGGAGACACUACCAAAUCUGUUUCUGUUGUGUGUUUUUAACCAUAGUAUACAGGUCAGGGGAUGCAAGGGCAGUAGAUGUGUAGACUUUCUACAGACUUCAACACUAACAGGUGCUGGACAGGGCAGAAUAUACUUUGAAUCAGAUGACCACUGUCACAUCAGCUCCAUAAGAGACACGUGCAUCACCAUAACUGCAUUACCUGCCCUACUGCCAAAACUUAGAUCCAGUUUUAAAACUCAGUGCCAUAUAGAUACUUUGUAAAAAAAUAAUAAUGUAUCCCAAAAAUACUAGCUGGAAAAGAAAAAAAAAUCUUUAACAUACAGGGUUCUUAGCAGUGCUAAGUAAUGUUUUUGAAUUGUAGUAGCUUAAUUAUCUUUUUCCCCCCUUCCCAUUUUGUAACAAAAUCCCAUCCAGCUUUGCUACAAUCCAGGCUCUGCUGUUGCUAUGCAUUGAACCGCCAUAAAUAGCGAAUUCACUACUGCUGCUGCUGCUGCUUCUCUCUCUUGUGCCCAUUCCUUCUGCUUCUGCUUCCUGACAUUCGAGCAACCGCAAGCCAAGCUACAAGUGUGGGGGAGGGUGGGGAAUGGAGCUGCUGAUCACAGAUAGCUGUACAUAUUCUUUGCUGUCAGCAUAAAUAUGCUCACUUAAUGGGAUGUUGUGCUUCUGUUCCUUUUUUUGGCUGUAAGAGAAAUGAUUCCGCUGCAUUUUCAAGACCUCCAGCACUUUAUUUACUGGUUGAUUCAUCUUCAUCUUCUUUUCUAGACAUGUUCACAGUUAAUCAAGUUCCAGUUUUAAAGGAUCUUGUAGCUGCUAAUUACAGCGAUUUACAGUUUAUAUUUUUGCAGCUUUUUAAAAUGAAGUUAAUAAAGAGAUUUCUUUGGAUUCUCGCUGCUUUUGAGGAUUUAUAAAUGAUUGCGUUUCCAUGUUUCUUACCACUGAGAAGCGGUCACCCUGUUUUGCCACCCCCUUUUUUAAUCUCUUUGGGUUUUUUUUGUACAGUUUGAUAGUUUUAUUUGAAAGGAUGCACUAAGAAUCAUGUACAAAUAAAUAAAUGAUGA